CCCUCAGGAGGGUGCAGCGGGACCGUCACAAGCCAGCAGUCGGUUAGGUCUGCUGUCUAUAAACAAAUAUCCACAGCACCACCGCGAUGAACGAGAAAGCCUUGUGUCUCACGGAGCAGCUGUCCACCAUGUAACUCCAGACCAACGCCUACGGUUCGUCCGGGGACGUUACCGCGGUUCAUGUUGACUGUAGAGAAACCUGUCACUGCUCUGCCCGGUGGUAAUCACAGGUAUUUUAAUGCUGCGGUUGACAUAAUGGUCGCUCGGUGAAUUGUAUGUCAAAGCUAGCUCGCGAACGGUUGUCAAACCGUUUUAAUCUGGCAGUUUUCGCACCGUUACAAUAAUUUCCGAGGUACGUGAACAUGGCAUCGCCCGCAGAGCACGACCUGGCUCUGUCUGAAGCAGACAGCAGCAAAGAGAAAGCUCAGGUGUUUGGGAUUUUGCGGCUGCAGGAGGAGAAAUCUGGUGCUGGGGAUAAAGCUAACAGUAGCAGCACGGUGAAAGGAGGAGGAGGAGGAGGUGGUGGUGGAGGAGGAGGAGGAGGAGACGGUCGAUGGCAGGCUCCUAUCUUCGCUUUGGCCAGGAAAGCAUCCGAGACCAUUUCAGGGAGCAUUCACGUCCUGCCCAAAGUGUCGGAGCAAAGGACGUCCCUGCCCGGGGACUGGACCGUCCAAGCCCUGCGAGACCCCAUGGCCAUGGAGCGAGCCAACCUGCUGAACAUGGCCAAGCUGAGUAUUAAAGGGCUGAUUGAGUCGGCUCUGAGCUUUGGACGAACUCUGGACUCAGACUACCCGCCUCUCCAGCAGUUCUUCGUCGUCAUGGAGCACUGCCUCAAACAUGGCCUCAGAGCAAAGAAGUCCUUUCUGGGCUUUAACAAGUCCCUGUGGGGUCCUCUUGAGCUGGUGGAGAAACUGUGUCCUGAAGCAGCAGAGAUCUCCGCCUCUGUACGAGACCUGCCUGGACUUAAGACUCCAUUAGGCAGGGCCAGAGCUUGGUUGCGUCUGGCUCUCAUGCAGAAACGGCUGGCUGACUACCUACGACUCCUCAUCACCAGGAAAGACCUGCUAAGUGAUUUCUAUGAGAAUUCAGCGCUGAUGCUGGAGGAGGAGGGAGCUGUGAUCGUGGGCCUGCUGGUGGGCCUGAACGUCAUCGAUGCUAACCUGUGUGUCAAAGGCGAGGACCUGGACUCUCAGGUUGGGGUGAUUGACUUCUCCAUGUACUUGAAGAAUGACAUUGAUGAUUACAGGAGUGAAGAGAGGAAUAGCCAAAUAGCAACCAUACUGGAUCAGAAGAACUACGUAGAGGAACUGAACCGACAACUCAACUCCACAGUUCAUGGUCUUCAGAGCAGAGUGGACUCUCUCGAGAAGUCAAACUCUAAACUCAUAGAGGAGUUAGCCAUAGCCAAGAACAACAUCAUCAAACUGCAGGAAGAAAACCAGCAGCUGAGGAGUGAAAACAGCAUAAUUCUGCUGAAGACACAACAACAUUUAGAGGUAACUCAAGGCGAUGCUUCAGUGGAGAGAGAUACAUACAAACACUCGCGUCAAGGUCUGGAUGAGAUGUACAGCGAGGCUCAAAGGCAACUGAAGGAGGAGUGUCAGCUCAGACAGGAUGUGGAGAAUGAGCUGCUAGUGCAGGUGUCAAUGAAACAGGAAAUGGAGCUGGCCAUGAAACUUCUGGAAAAAGAUAUUCAUGAAAAACAGGACACACUGAUCGGACUGAGAAAUCAACUGGAUGAAGUCAAAGUCAUCAAUGUAGAGAUGUACCAGAAGAUGCAGUCGUCUGAUGAGGAGAUGAAGAAGAAGAACGACGUCAUCACUCGUCUGGAGGAGAAGACCAAUCAGAUCACUGCCACUAUGAAGCAGCUGGAGCAAAGUGAUAAGGAUCUGCUAAGUCAGACCAGAACGCUUGCUAUGUCAUUUGUUAAGUGUGCCAGCACAGACACAGAGCACCAGUACAAGCUCGUCAAAGACAUCUCUUUCUGAGGACAAACAUGCACAUACACGCGCACAUGCAGACACACAAUGGCUUAUGACUGAAUGAAUAAACAGCCUGAACUUAAAGGAACAUUCCUGUUUUUUUGCACAUAAUAUUCAGAUGGUUUGAUGGCCGCAGGGCAGCCACAGAAUCAGGUGAAACUGGUAUGAAUGGUUUGGUCCUUUAGUUCCUGAAACAUUUACAUCACCAGGAGGAAUGCACAAUAUUUUCAGCUGAUACGAUAACCGUUUUAUUACCUGCUUCUCAUGGCCAAUAACUAAUAAUUAAACAUUUUAUUAUUCCAUAGCUCUGACCUGACCAAAUCUAAGUAACAUCACUUUUGUUAACACAUAAAAAAACAGUUCUGGGUUUUCAAAUGUUCAUUUAUUUUUUCAAGUACAUAAAAAAACUUCACAAAGAUAAUUUAAUAAUAACCUGUCAAUUCAGACAUGUCAGUGAAUUAAAUUAAAUUCAAAUUACAAAAAAUAAAGGGUUUUAUUGAUCACAUAGUAGACGUUUAUGCUUAACAGAGAAAUAGAUAAGGGUUGGAGAAAAGCAAUUUGGCUCGCUCUGUUUAUCAGCUAUCAUUUCAUUAUACAAGGAAAAAUCCGUAAUAUAAAUGUCCCGUUAUCAACCAUUGUAUAUCGUGCAUUCCUAACCACCAACAGAUCACUGGGAUUCAUAGGAUACACCACGGCAAUAUGUUUCAUGAUCUGUAGUUAAAUCUUCCUCAGACGUUGUUUGUGCUGUCAGAGAACUGUCUGAAUAUUACAUCAGUUAUACUUUGAUAGAACAUUUUUGAACUAAUCGUACACAUCUGUUAACUCACAUGCUCAGGCGUAAACACACUCACACAUACAUAUGCUACUCAUUUUUCCUGUCUCCAGUAGUCAGUUUAUAUGCAGUAACACUGACAGUAAGAUAGUUGACUCUGAGAUGUAAUCAUAGGGUCGUUGUUGUUGUUGUUAACAUUGAGUUAGAAUGAGUGUAGUGGGCUGUCCCACUCAUAUCACAUCUACUUUAUCUGGAAACACCCAGGGCCACUGAAUAACAGAGUUGAGUCACUGUAGUAUUUGGGGACUGUGCGAAGAUGACUGGGGUUGGGAGGAAAUACACUUUUUUAAUAAACAAAACCCUUUGUAAUGUAAUUAGUGUUUUCUUCCUUGAUCAAGAGAAAAAUGGCAAAACCCUCCCCACAAUAUCGAAUGAUAUUUGAUUAGCCCAUUUAUUUUUGCCAUAAAUAACAAAUACUGCACAAAGAAUGUUAGUGUAGUGAGAUUUAUGUGUUAAUAUGUUCAUGGAGUAAUAAUUUCACAUAGCUACCAAAUUACACAAUAGAAGUGAAAUUCGCAGUUACUAAAACUGUGGCAAACAUAUUAAAACCAUGUGUCUGAAAUAAAAUUCAGCCACCAAAGAUACUGCUGCCACUCUCCCAGAAAGUUUAGGCUACAACCCCCUCAGCAAAACAAAAUAAAUUUGUAACUCUCCCCUAAUAAUUUUCAUACUGUCCCUUUGUGACAUUCAUGUUGGCUCUGCAGAGGUUCUUGAGUAACUUGUAAACCUGUGCUUGGCUUUCUUUUUACAUUAUUUACGGCAGGAACAUGAAAACUAUCAUACAACCUAGACAUAGUGUUUCUACAGCUGCCUGCAUUUUAUCACAGUCAGUCAGUCAGUCAGUCAGUCAGCGGUGUUCACUACAGAUGUUCAGUCAGACAGGAGUUUGCUUGUGCAGCCUCCUGCUUUUUAUUUGGUGCCAGUUUGCUCUGCAUGCAUUGCACCUCCUGACCUGCUUCUGACUGGCUGUGAUGACCCUCGCUGUGUCUGAAAUCAGUCUCAGUUCACUCACUCACCACCCUUUAUAGUACACACUCAGUAGUUUUCUCCAGACGUUCCCAACCUGAUGGUCUCAACUCCCCAUAGGGGUUAACAAAGUCUAACAGGGGUCAUGAGGCCUUCGUUGGCAAGGGUGUAAGAAAUAUACAGCUGACCUAUAUCUUAGAAUUGUAUACAUUUACUGUUAAGAAAACUAAAUUAAAUAUUUUUUUUAUGGUUCUGACUGUUAUCUAAUGUAUGUUUGAUUGUUAAAAUACAAUUUAAAUACAUCAUAUAGAUAGAAUUGUAUUAAAAGUUUGUAAAAGUAACAGGAACAGUCAUUUUUUGAAGCAAUAUUAAGAGGAAAUAGUCUGCUCAAAAUGUAACCAAAUUGCUCGUUUUACACAAAACUUUCUGCAGUUAUUGCAUUCACUACUUGGGUCAAUUGUACAGUUUAUAAUUUGUUUUGUACUGUUUGUCAUGCAUUGAAUAUAAUACGAAAUAUGAAUAAAAUAUGUCACUUAGUCAGGGUUCCCUUAAGGAAAAAGGCUGUGAACCACUGUUUUACUCUACAGUCCUAGGCGGAUUAUGAGGCAGUGGGCCCUAACCCCAACCAUAACCCUGGGCAAGGACACGUUGUCCCAGCAACCAACAGCACAAUAACUAUAAAUAAAUGUACUUGUAUCUCAACAACACAUUAUUUACAACGCAGGUACACUCAAUACAACCAUAUGCACUUUAGCAAAGUACACCACUCUUGACCACAAAUAGGAGAUGUUAACAAAUAUAUUAAUAUAAACAUAAGCUUUAAAGGCUAAAAAAAAGUUGAGCAUAGAGCACUCAGCACCUCUAAAGUCCAAUAGAUAAACUAAGGGGAUCAUUAAAAUGUAUCAUGAUGGUUUCAUUCUUGUGGUACUUUCAAAGUGAAUAUUUGGCCCUUUUUUUUUUUUCAAGAUUUCAUUUGGACUUAUUGGCUCUAUUGUUGGACAUUUUUCAGGUCGCUCUAUAUUGGAUAGAGAAUUUUUACACUCAGACUUCCAACACUCAAUUAAAGUGGCAGCAAUAGUGCAUUUUAAAUUUAAAGGGAAGUGAUUUCGGACACAGCCUGUCUCCUUAUUGCAUAGAUUUACCUAAACUGAAAAAAGUCCAGUUUUGCAGAUGUGUACAACUCAUUGGGACCAGCAGCUCAAUUCAUGAACAGCCAGAACUGAGCCAAGUGUAAAGAAUUGUAGAUACAGAGCUGUAAACCUCUGGAGCUUCUCUCAAGGGAACUUGAGUGUGUUGUUGUGUGACGUCUUGGCAUAUUUAUUCUUCUGUGAUAGAUCAGGAAGUAAUCAUUCUACCUAUUCUAACUCCAUGUUCAUAGUACUGUAACUCCUCUCAGUUGGUAGAAGAAUAAACACUCAGUACAGCUGUUGAAAACUUACAACUACUGUCUUUUACCACCGUGACCAAUAAAGUUAGAUGUUUUGAAAGUGCCGGGUGUAGUGUGAGUUCUUGGCCCCGUUCAGAGUGCUGUUAAAUUGUAGAUACAAAAUUUUUAUUGUGUGAUUUUUAAGGAGCUCCUGUAAAUCAGGGUGCUGAUUCAUUGUUCAAGUAUCUGAGAUGUAAACUUAAAUAAAAUCUUCAUAACACGAAAA